AUGUCUUUGAAUCAAAUGCAAAUCAAGCAGGAAAUCACCCUCCCACCUGGCCUAAGCAAAACAAUUUCAAAGCAAAGCCAAGAGCCUGUGCAGUACCCUGAGCCGGUCCCAUGUCCAGAGCAGCAACCUGAAGUCCAAGUCCCAACACCUUGCCCAGAACAAGUCCCAGUAGUGGUGGUACCAGAAAAAACAGCGCCAUUGCCAACACCGGUGGUGGAACCAGGCCAGGGAGAAACACCAGUGGUCGUAAUACCCCAGUGUCCACCCCAGGAGCAGCAGCAGCAACAGCAAUGCAAGCUACCACCAACUCUCCCACCUGUAUCGUGCCCUGAACCUGUUCCAUGCCCUGAAGAGAAAUCAGCGUGCAAAGAGCUCCCUGUGUCUGUCCCUGUUUCCUGCUCUGAACCAACUCCAUCUCUGCUGGAGAAGCAGGAGUGCAAGGAGACCCCUGUGCCAGUUUCUGUUACCUGCUCGGAGGCUGCAGAAUGUCCCCAAGAGAAGCAGCAAUGCAAGGAUAUCCCUGUGCCCAUCCCUGUUCCGUCCCCUGAACCUGCGCCAUGUCCCCAGCAGAAGCAGGAGUGCAAGGAGAUCCCCGCCCCUGUGCCAAUCCCUGUUCCAUGCUCUGAGCCCACACCAUGUGCCCAGGAAAAGCAGCAGUGCAAGGAAAUCCCUGUGCCAAUCCCUGUUCCAUCUCCUGACCCUGCGCCGUGUCCCCAGGAGAAGCAGGAAUACAAGGAGAUCCCUGUGCCUAUUCCUGUUCCUGAACCUGUGCCAUGCCCCCAGCAGAAGCAGGAGUGCAAGGAGAUCCCGGUGCCCACUCCGUGCCCUCCAGAGGAGCAGGAGUGCAAGGAGAUCCCCGUGUCAAUCCCUGACCCCUGUCCUGAGCCAGGGAAGUGCUCUGUUCCAGAGAAGUGUCCUCCCAUUGAGCAGCAGCAGGUGAAGCAGCCCAACCAGUGGCCACCCAUGCAGAAGUAA